CUUAGGUCCCUGGGGGCUCCUAGUCUUGCCCCAGUUCCUCAGCUCACCUCCCAGCUCUUGGUUUCCUUUAGGACCUCUUCCUUUCCCGUUCCUUCUUCCCUUCUGCAGACUGGGUUGGGCUCUGAGUGUGGGGAGGGUUUAGUCCCUCCCUUCCUCCCCUUUUCCCCACCCCAUGUGCUUUGUGGGGGGCUGGUACAGGCAGCAGUACAGGCACUCUGGGCAUCUGGGUGCAGGCCCAUUGGGCAAGCCCCGCAGCGGCCACCUUCCUUCAGUCGCAGGCAGGCCUCCCAGCUUCACUUUCGGGUUUCUUGAAGUGCCUUCUUGUUCCUGUCUGCUUCCCCAUUCUUCCAGUUUUUGUUUCCUUUCCUGGGCUGGUGGCAGCCGGGGGCUGUGUGGUGGGCUCCACAGAGAUGUUCGGUGCUUGGGAUCGCCGGGACCGGCCCCCUGAGGAGGGGACAGCUUCAGAGCUCCAGGGCUUCGCUGUGGACAAGACCUUCCUCUCCUCCCUCAAAGGCAUCCUGCUGGAAACCGAGCUGGUGGUGGAUGUUUGGGGCAGCUCCCAAGUAGGGGAAGGCAAAGGCCUGGCAUGUGCCUGUGUUCUCUUCCUGGUGAGUUCCACAUAUUCGGUCCUGCAGGCCCUGACCUUCAUCAUCUUCAUAUGCUUCACGGCCUCUAUCUCUGCCUACAUGGCCGCAGCGCUGCUGGAGUUCUUCAUCACACUUGCCUUCCUCUUCCUCUAUGCCACCCAGUACUACCAGCGCUUCGACCGGCUUAACUGGCCCUGUCUGGACUUCCUCCGCUGUGUCAGUGCCAUCAUCAUCUUCCUGGUGGUCUCCUUUGCAGCUGUUACCUCCCAGGAUGGAGCUGCCAUUGCUGCUUUUGUUUUUGGCAUCAUCUUGGUUUCAGUCUUUGCCUAUGAUGCCUUCAAGAUCUACCGGACUCAGAUGGCGCCCAGGGCCACCCAGGGAGACCAGCAGUGAUUCUGAGACUACCUGGCUCCCCUGCCUAGCCAGAUAAAGGGGACAGUGAAGCCCAGGCACGUCUCCUUUGGAUCCGAUAGUGUCCCGGCCCACUGUUAACCCUUCCAGGCCUCCAGAGAUGUGUGACCUAAGAAGUCACUGGGGACCUGUCUGUGGAGCCCGAUGCUCUGGUAUCCGGCUCCUGCUGAAGUUCUGGCAGAGGAAUGGGACUUAAGGGGUUGGGGGAGGAAGCCAGGCCCCUAAGUCAUGCUCAGAUUAAAAGAUUCAAAUCCUCCUGGUGAGUCUUUUUCUACCCCAGAAACUAGGCAGGUCUAGAUGCCAAGGAAUAUUCAUGAAAAUGUUGCUGGAACAGCUCAUGGGCUCUCUCUGGGAUGGG